AUAAACAGGGAAAAAUAGGCACUUUCAGACACAUUUCGUGACACACAGGGUUCUUUCGACAGGUUUGGAAACAGGGUUGGUUAUACUCUGACAAACCCCCGGGGGAAGAGGAUUAGUCGAUCUUCCGCCCAUAUUAAGACAGCAUGGCACGGACUAAACUGGGAACUAGGAGCCCUUUAAUGGAGGCAGCUGUGGGCUUUGCACUGGGAGCAGUGGGAGGCUCCAUACUCGGAGCCACAGAGGACCCAGUGGAAAAGACGUUGUUACUGAUGACUGCAGCCGGUCCAUUGAAACCAGUGGUGGAUGAAGUCAGGACAGUGGGCGCUCUGGGUUUGGGGUCCCUGAUUGGAGCCUCAGCACUGGCCACGGCAAUGACUGCAGCAGUCGCUGGUGUGAUUCUGGCAGCAGCGGUAGCUUCAGUGUUUGUGGGCACGCAUAGCUGUGGUACUUCCCACAAAGACUCUGUGACCUUGUGGGCAUCAGCAGGACUUGCCGGGGCCUUUGGGACCACUCUCAGUGGGGCUACACUAGGGGCCUCUAUCGAAUGGAUUGUGAACAAUUAUAGCAUGGUGGGCCUUCUGUGGGCGCUGAGCAUAUUCACUGUGCUCAAACCGCCUCUGCACUUUGCAUUUAAGCUCCUCUGGAAACAGGGAGAGGCCUGCUGCACUCUAAGAUCUAAAGACUGGGACAGUAGGAGGAAACAUACAGAGAUUAUAGAAUCAGAGCAGAGACAGAGAGUGGCUCUGCAGAUAGAGCAGAGGAUCCUGACACUGGAGAAGGGAGGCAGCGGGACGGAGGACACGACCACAUGGGUCACGGAGCGAAGGCAGAGAGAGGAAAUGGAGAGGAGGAAAACGGAGAAUGAAGAGGCAGAGAUGGAGCAAAGAACCAUGCAAGACUGGAUCAACACAGCGGUGGUCAAAUAUGUGGACUUCUUGGCUUUCUCAGGGAUUCCAAUGACAGUGGUUGCCAUAGUAACGACAGGGUUUGGGGUGUUUGGUUAUGGGGGGCACCAGUCUGUGUUUAUAGUUCUUCUGGCUUUGGUUGCAGGGAUAACUUAUUUGCUUCUGAAAUCCCCAGACUUUAAAUUCUGGAUGUUAAUAGGGUGCAUGGGAAUGCUGGCAACUUUCGUCAUUGCCAUGCUCACCCUACAUGCCGGUCAGGUGGUCCUAACAACUGCCAUGAAGAUGCGAGCAGCAGGGCAGAAUCACUCCAGACAAAACAUCAGCACUAGAAUGAACCGACAAUCCUCUCUGGAAGCUUUGAAUGCAGCUUUUUUUGCGGCAAAAUUAUGUGAGUUGGCUUUGGGGGCUGCAGUGGGGGGUCCACUGGUGAGGCGAGGAGCUGGAGAAGUGAAAGUCGUGGUUGGGGGAGCUUUGGUGGCGGGUGGUUUACUGGUUGGGGUGGAGCUUUUAGCCCCGGUGCUGGGAGAAGGGGGGAAAGCGGGGGCGUUGCUGGGGGUGGUGGGUGUAGCAGGGGUGUCUGUGGGUGCAGCAGCAGCUGUGGCUGGAAGGUGGUCAUCGUGGCCAGGAACAUUAGGAACAGCAGCAGGGCUGGUUAUUGGAGCAUUAGCGAUGGGGAAAUGGCAUAUUGUCAACAUUGGCCUGCAAGUGCCUGUGGCCUACGUCUUUGCAAUGACCAAUCCAUUUUAGCACAGCGCAUGUUCAGAUCCCAGAGGCCUCCCAGGAAAGACGUUGUCAGUGCAUGUGUUGCCAGAGUGUUAUUUGCACCUUUUGCCUGCUGAUUACUUUUUUUACAAUGAUAAAUCCCAUUUAGUGUCAAACUAAUAUGUGUAUAAAAGCCUGAUAAAGCUUCAUUGUUGUAUAAAAACUAAUUAAAAAAAACAAAACAUCAAUGAACCUCACUGUACAAAAAUAUACACGAGAGCACUAAUUUCUCAACCCGGCUCCCCACUCAGCUACAGUUGGCCCGUAUUUACAUCUUUAGUAGCAAACAAUGAGCUUGGGGGCCUAAGUGUCAUCAAAAACGGAAAGUAUUGAGAGACACAUCGUAGGUUUGGAAAUGGUUUUAAAUGACAAAAGUAAAUAACACCACAAUGUUUAUUUAGGCUAAACUCCAGCCAUUUUUUAUGUGAUUCAUAUGUAGGCAAGAAAUUAAAAUUACAUUUUUGACAGGCUUUAAAACCAUAAAAACAAAGAAUAAACAUUGGGGGGGGGGGGGUUGUUCAUGGGGGGUUGAGUUGGUCCACCGCAAGAGGGUUCUGGGUGUGUAGAGAUGCAUUUUCUUCUUGAGUCAGUAUGAGUAAUCUAAAAUUAAUAUACACUGUGUUGUCAUUAUAAUUGUGUGGUCGGAUCUGAGAUUUUGAGCUAUACAAUAUAAAUAGAAUUGAAUAUAAAAUGUUUCUUUUGAUGGCUAUCUGGAUGAUUUAUACAUUGCAUUGACUGCUGUAUAGGGUGUUGUAUUUUUACAUGUCUUGUUUCCACGGGCAGAUUGCUUUUUAAUCUCUGUGUAUUGAUUCAUUCAUUUGAUAUCAAAUGUUUAUGUUUAACUAAAUGCUUUGCAUAAUGUUUCUGAAUGUUUUUUAUGUCAUCAUAUGAAAUUAAAUCAAAACUGCUCUACUGA